AUGGGCUCUUGGAAGAUUGGCAAAAUGACGUUCUGCUUGGCCGAGGCUGCCCGCGAGAAGACACGACAGGAAAUUCGGGGAGCUGAGUCCAUAGCGCUCAAGAUGGACUCACGCGAAGGAAUUUUGUUGCUGAGGUAUACCUGCUGCGACAAGAGCCUGACUAUCAGCAGGGGCAUGGUGGGUUUCAAAUUCGUACCAGAAAGAGAGACUUCAUCUGCUUUGGUGGCCAGUGUCCGUCGCGUGCUGGAGGAUCUGUGCACCAGCGGCAUUGACGGCCAAGUGGACGUGGCUUUGGUCAAUAAUUUCCGCGAGAAAGUGGAGGUCGUCUGUGCUGACAAGGCUUCCAACGAACAAGUUGCUGGUCGCAUGAGCCGUACCGGGCCGGUGCUCAAACGCCCUUGGGCGGCGGUGGAGCCGAUCCAACGCAUUCUCGAGGAGUGGGUCACCGGCGCCAACUCUGUCACUCAGAUGAUUGAACACAGCCACGGCAUGGCCAGCGUGUACCGGAGCUACGUUCAGAAGCUCGAGGUGCCCAUUAACGCGAAACGCAUCCGAGAUCUUCGCGCUGCAAAGCAUCGGUUCUCUUCGUUGCAGAAGCCAUUGGGCCGGGCCGUUUUGACCUUCGAUGCCAUGCUUUCUACGAUACUGUGGGCUGCAGCACAUCGGACCGGUGCAGAAAGAGACAGAUGCCUGGCUUGCUUGGCAUCGUUGUCCGAGGAAGGCCUCAUACUGCUCGCGAUGGCUGCAGACAUCUCAGACGAGAAUAUGAGGGUGCUCCGUUUGUGCGAUCAGGAAGAGUUCGACGCGGCCGAAUUUCCUCAGGAGCUUGGCUGCCUGAUGGACAGGCUGCACUUCCUCAUCAACAAGGGCGGUGUGCUUUCUCAAGGAUACACGCAGUACAUGAUCGAGUACUUGCAAGAUCAGCGUGGUUUCUUGCUGAAGAAUGAGGCGAGAACCCUUGGUGGAGAGGGUCGUGUGAACGGAACGAUGCUGGCAGGCUGCUGUGAGAUCUUCAAGGCAUAUGUCCGCCUUGCUGUGCAUACAGUGGAGCAGGAGUUUCCAUACCACGAUGUUUUGAGUGCCAUGUCUGUCUUGAACAUCCGCGAGAAGCGCAAGAAUGAAGACAGUUUGGAACACCUCAUGUGGACGGAACACCGCCAGGCCAGCUUGGAAAGAUUGGCGCAGGUCUGCCAUCAGGAUCCGCAAGCGUUGCGAGAUCAGUUUAUGGAUCUGGAGCCCAUCGCACGCUACGAGGUUUCUGUGAACCAUUGCACCAGCUUCGAGGGUUGGAGGGCAGCCGCGCUUCGCUGCCGUGCUAGCAAGCCACAGGUGCGACAGCGCCACAAGAUUGACGCGAUCUUGCCCGUUCUCAUCAAAUACGGCUGCUUCUGUGGGCUCUCCACAUCGGGUGUGGAACAAAGCUUUUCGAAGCUGCAGCGCUUUCAACCCAAGGAACGAAAGUGCAUGCUACCCACUACAGCGGAAGACGAAGCGUUCCUGAUGCUCCUGCACGACUGCUCGGUGCACGAGUGGCUAUCGCAGCGCGCGCGGCAGAUUUGGCUUGACAACUUCGGCAAGCCCCGUGCCAGCUGCGCGACGCGCCUCGACCGUGGGGAUCCUCAGUCCGAGAAGGCUUUCAUAAAGAGGCGCCGGAUGGAGGUCGACAAAGGCGCUCUGCCCGUGGAUCCAGCAGAGGUGCUGCAGGCCGCUGAGAAUGGCUGCUGGGUCAGCCAAGCUGUUUUAGACGAAGAAGGUUGGCAAGUCAGCGAGAAGUACGGCAACAAAGUCAUGGCCUACCUGGACGGAGCUCUGCUCGAGUCCGAAGUGGACUUGGCUUUGGUGGAGACGGCCGUGGCUUUAAGAACGCAUCAAGAGCGUCUCGAUGCUGGGCGAGUAGCACGCGAGAAUGCUAUCGCGCAGCAGCUCCGGCCAAAGAAAGUGAACGUGCAAGCAGGCUCCUUCUACGUGGCAGAUGCAAGAUGGGUGGCCGAGCACGGCCUGAGCAACUCCCGCGCCACCGUGACUCUUUCUGAGGCCUCGCACUACGUGGUUGCGGACCCUGGGGACCCGGGCAUGCCGGUGUUGUUUGCUGCAGUGCUUCAGGGAGGGCUGUUAUGCAAUGUCGAAUACGCACGAUCCAAGGGCAACUCUGGGGUGGCCUUUGCGUUCGAUGCUGCCCUACUAGUGAAGCGCUUCAUUUUCCUUUCAACAGCAUUCCUGCGGUCGGAGUCGCAGGUUGCUCAGGUGGUCCUGGAAGCAGUCAGCCGUGCAGAGUCGAAAUGGUCGCAAAUUCAUGCAUUGGACGAGUUUGUGGAAAGAAGUUUGCGUUUCCGUGGGCAGAAGAAGAACUUCCUCUGCGUAGGGCUCUUCGCUGAUAGCGAAGAGCACAAGAUAGCAGGGGAGCCCAACAUGUUCACGAAGAAAGGGUUCCUGAAAUUUGUAUGCAAGUCUGCGGUUGCGAUGACUGGGGUUCGUUGUUGA